GAGUCUUUCUAGAAAAUUUGAACAGCAAUGAGCAAAUUGACAUCGCCGAUCGAUUACAAAAAAUUGGAACUAGAGCUUGUAGAAGCCCUUAAAGCCGACGAGUUGUAUAAACUACAAAACGACGCGAAACUCAGAGCUGUGGAGCAGAAUGUUCCCACGUACGAGGACUUUAGGCAAAUGGUGAACGCUGCGCAUUUGAAACCCUUGCAACGCGACGAUGUCGAAUCCAAAGUAAAGACGUCGUGGAAUCCCGUCGCUAUUAACAAGAACUCGAACACUAUAAUGGUUCUCGACGAGUUAAAAGACAAACGGUCCGACGAGGACAGGAGCAACGAUGUCUUGGAAAACGAAUUGCCUGUCACGUACGAACAAUUUAUUCGCUCUUGGAAAAUAAUCAAAGGAUACGAGGCUAAAUUUAAUUAUCUCAGACAUUUAAGAGACACUUUACGGGAAAAAGUUUUUUCCAUUGAAAUCCCUUCGACGUUGUUCGCUGAGCUAAUAAAUGUUUGCCUCCAUCGAACCGUUACGAUUACGAGCGAUAUCGAAUGCGUCGUUGAAAUCCUAACUGUUUUAAGCGAAUGUAACCGAUUCUGCUUGACAGCCUGUUUUAUGGGAGAAAACGAGAGAGCAACGUGUACACGGUUAUUCCGUGAGUUGCUUGCCAGAGGAAAAGACGUGCUCCUCAAAAACACGAUCAAAUCUUUAGGGUUAAUUUACGGCAUUGUACUUGAAUAGCGAAACUGUUCGCGAACAAAAAUAAAUUGUAAGAAUAAUCAA